GCCACCAUCCCCCCUGCCAGGUGCAGCUCUUGGUAGUCCCGGCCCCGCCUGACGGGAGGGGCCUGGCCGCCGCCCAAGAGGCUGGUCGGCGGGGCGGACGCCACUUCUCUUCUGCCAGCCGCCCUCUUCUUCCGCUCCUGUUGGCCGCCAGUGGCUCUGCGCUCUGCCGAGGGAGCCAUGAGGCGCGGCGCCGUGUUGGCGGCCUUCGCGCUGGCCUACGCGGGCUACCUGCUGCUCGGGGCGCUGAUCAUCUCGGCCGUCGAGCGUCCGUACGAGAGGCGGCUGCGAGCCGAGCUGAGGGAUUUGAAGAGCGCCUUCCUACGUAGCAGCCCCUGCCUGUCCGAGGCCAGGCUGGAGCGCUUCCUGGACGCCGUCUUGAGCGCCGACCGCCACUCCGUCGCCCUCCUGCGCAACGGCUCGGCCACCACGUCCAACUGGGAUUUCGCUUCGGCCUUCUUCUUCGCCAGCACAUUGAUCACCACCGUGGGCUACGGUUACACUACACCCCUUUCGGACGCCGGCAAAGCCUUCUGCAUCUUCUACGCGGUGGCGGGAGUCCCCUUCACCAUGCUGGUGCUGACAGCUGCAGUGCAGCGCCUUGUGGGCACCUUCACCUCUGGGCCACUGGAAUACCUGGCUCUCCACUGGGGCUCUGACCGCCGCAUCCUGUCAUGGGGGCACCUGCUGGUGCUGAUGGGCCUGGUGUUGGUGACCUUCUUCUUAGUGCCUGCUACCAUCUUCAGUUCCCUGGAAGAAUCCUGGAGCUUUCUGGAUGCUUUCUACUUCUGCUUCAUCUCCCUCUGCACCAUCGGCCUGGGAGACUACGUCCCUGGGGAGCAGCCGGGGCAACGCCUUCGCCCUCUCUACAAGGUCUCCGUCACAGUUUACCUGCUUCUGGGGCUCAUGGCCAUGCUGCUGAUUCUCCAGACCUUCCACAAGCUGGCAGACCUGCACGGCCUCUCUGAGCUGGUCUUCCUGCCCCCGGAAGGACCCCCUGAGGAGCAUCAGAGUAUCCUGGGGGAGCCCAGCCCUGCCUCUGAGCCAGGACAGCGGGAAGCCUUGCCUGCACAGCCCAGGCCAGGAGGCCCAUCCCAUUAUUCCUCCAUUAACAGAUAAUAGUGAGGAGGAGCAGCAGGGCAAGAGAGUCGGAGCUAAUCCACAAGGAAGACUGGCUGCUCCUCCCUCCUUCCUGACCAAGGAAAUGAGGCUGCUGGCGGGUCCACUCCUGGGGAGGGCAGGGCAGGGAAUCCAGCGACUCUCUGGUGGCCAGGAGAGGAGAGCGUGGAGAGGCUGCUGGCCCGGACUCUGGAUGGGAUGGGGAGGUUUAAAAAGUCCAGCGGAAAGGCUGGGGCUCCCGGGCCCUUUGCCCCUCCCCUGUGACACCUCCUCCUGUCACUACAGUCAGUGCAACGUGGCUGAAUAUCCUGGCUUCCAGCUGUGGUUGGACCUGAGCCUUGCAAGCCGGGAGCUGCUGAGGCGGAAGGAAGGGGGGGGGGAGAGCAGAGGGGGUGGGGCUAUGUGCUUGAGACACCAAAGCCUCAAAUGGAAAGUGGAAGCGAAGUGGCCCGUCCAGGGUCCGUUUCUCCAGAGGAGCCCAACUCUUUGUGCUUCUUUCUGAGUACUUGACUGCAGAAGCCCCUCCCCCUUCUGGCUGGUCGGACCCCAGAGCCACCCCGGGGAAUGCUUGGCCUGUGCUGCUAUUUCUACCCCACCCACCCACCCACCCCAGUUAGUCCAGCCCACUCUGCCCAUCCCCUCCCCCCAACGCUUGUGCCCCAAAGGGAGGGAGGGAGGGAGGGAGGGAGGGCGGCUGAACACAAAGUCCCUGCUGCUCUCUUUCCUCCUCAGAGAAGCCAAAUCUGUCGACUCCUUUUAUAGAAAAUAUUUAUUGGUCCAGUAACAGCAGUGAAGAAGUGACUGUGGCCCCAGCUGGCAUGAUGCCAAAAGGCCUGGCUGACAGCCCCUACCUGGAUUGUGGGAGUUUGAGCAACUGUUGGAGGAAAAAGGGAGGUGCAGCCGGGGAAUCAGAGGUGGAGAGUUGUAGGUCCCCCUCCUCACCACAGGCAGGAAAUGUUUGGGGGUGGGGGCUUCCAUGCUGCCCUCAAGUCAGGAGGAAAGGAGCCCUAUUCCCAAGCCCUAGGUGAAAGCCCCCGCAGGGUAACUCUGCCCCAAGUCUUCAGCAGGUGAGGAAAAGUGGCUGGGGGGGGGCAGCAUGCCUUCCCCCACACACACGGACAACGCGGGGGGGGGGGGGCGGAGAAAAUGUUUCCAAUCAGAGGCAGCCAGACGGGCUCCGGCCUUCCAAGGACAAGAGGGAUCUGGCCCCGUUUUGGGACCUUUUGGCCACCCCCCUCCCCCCACGGCCCUGACCAGAAGCGGAAGAGUCCCCCCCUCUCCUGAGCCCCGGCCACCUUCCCAGCUCCUCCAGAGGGGUCCUUUCACCUCCUUUCUCCAGUCCCACCUGGACGA